CACCCACCAUCUCCCAUCCUCCAGGCAGAGAGCAAACAAGGCGUCUUGUCUUCUGGUGCCUCCCCACCCGCCCCUUUCCGGCCUGCGAGUCAGCGGGGAGGGCGGCUCUCCCCGUGCCCGGAGCCCUGGGCCGGUCUAGCUCCUGCUGAGUUCUGUUCAGAGAUGGCGCGCAGCAGGUUUCUGGCUGGCCUGGUGCUGGCCGCCCUUCUCUCCCACGUGAGCCCCUUCCUGAAAUUCGUGGAGGAAUUUGAGGACAAAGUGGUUUUGAAUUGCACCGGCAUCACCUGGCUAGAGGGAACGAUGGGGAUCAAGUUGCAGGACAAUCAAAGUCUGGACUUGGGAAGACGCGUCCUGGACCCGCGGGGAGUGUACUGGUGCAAUGAGACGCAGACACAAGGCACCACAUACACCCUGCAAGUAUAUUAUCGAAUGUGCCAGAACUGCGUGGAGCUGGACCCUACCACCCUGGCCGGCAUCAUCCUCACCGAUGUCAUCGCCACCCUGCUCCUUGCUCUGGGAGUCUACUGCUUUGCUGGACACAAGACUGGAAGGCUGCCCAGGGCUGCUGACACUCAAGCUCUACUGAGGAACGACCAGCUCUACCAGCCCCUCAGAGACCGGAACGAUGCUCAGUACAGUCACCUUGGUGAGAGCUGGCCUCGGAGCAGGUGAACCUGAGACUGAUGGAGCACCAGCUGCGGGUCCCUUCUCUUCCUGCUCAGCCAAUAAAGAUGUCUCCUUGCACGCGGCAGCUCCUGCGCUUUCCAAAGCUCCCGGGCCAGGCCUCGGAGCUGUGCUGACUUGGCAGGGUCCUUGCCCUCCCUGCCCACGUGUGUUUUCUCUUCGUCGCUUUCCUUCCUUUGGCCCCCAUGGACCCGGUGAUGGGCAAUCUCUCAUUACAGCUUGGCUCACGGUGCUUCUGACCUGGUGGGCUCCUGGGGGCAGGGUUUGCCCACCAUGCCCCCGGCUACUUGCCGCCUCCAGGAGGCCCAGCAGCACUUCCUGAGCUUUGGCUCCCUCGCCACAGCUGAGGCGGCUGCUAGUUCGGGGACCACACACAAGUUUCCAUGACGUCAUGAGCGCAGGUGGCAGAGACAUCAAGGGCCCUGGGACUCACUUCUUGUCACAGGACAAGCCUGUGGGAACGUCCCUCUUCUGCUGGGGGAUGGCCUUGGUGUUCUGAGCUUUGUGAAGCCACUGGGGGGAGGAGGUCCCCGCCCAGGCCCCUCAGGACCAUGUACCUUCCUCCCCCAGAGCCUGCCCUGCGCCCACCUGCAUGCACGAUAAACUGGCAGCAGAAGCCCUUCAUCAAUUAAAACACACCAUCCCUCUCCACUCAGUUGCAAAACUGGAGCUUGAGACUGGGUGGGGGCUUAGGAUGUUUUCUUUUUUUGUUGUGGUUGUUCAUCCUCACCUGAGGAUAUUUUCCCAUUGAUAUUUAGAGAAAGAGAGGGGGAGAGACACACAGAGAGAGAAACAUCAGUUGAGAGAGACACAUUGAUUGGUUGCCUCCUGCACACGUACUGACCAGGGCCAGGGAUCGAGACUACAGCCUAGGUACAUGCCCUUGCCCGGAAUUGAACCCAGGACCCUUCAUUCUGCAGGCUGAUGUGCCAUCAGCUGAGCCAAACCAGCCAGGGCUAGGAUGUUUUCAGUAGGUGUCCUCUUCAGCCCUAGUUGGUUUGGCUCAGUGGAUAGAGCGUCGGCCUGUGGACCGAAGGGUCCUGGGUUUGAUUCUGGUCAAGGGCACAUGCCUGGUUGUGGGCUUGAUCUGCAGGAUGCAGUUGAUCAAUGAGUCUCUCUCAUCAUUGAUGUUUCUAUCUCUCUCUCCCUCUCUGAAAUCAAAUAUAUAUAUCUCCUCUUUAGCUGGUGGGUUAGUGGUGGUUCUGAAACCUUGGGAGCCUAAGGGACUUAUUGCGAAUAUAGACAUUUGGGCCCAGCCAGUGUGACUCAGUGGUUGAGUGUCGACCUAUGAACCAGGAGGUCAUGGUUCGAUUCCCCAUCAGAGCACAUGUUUGAUUCCCAGUACGGGGUGUGCAGGAAGCAGCUGAUCAAAGAUUCUCUCUAAUCAUUGAUGUUUCUAUCUCUCGCUCCCUCUCCCUUCCUCUCUGAAAUCAAUAAAAAUAUAUUAAAACAAUUUAUUUUUAUAGAUUUCAGAGAAGAAGGGAGAGGGAGAGGGAUGGG